UCUAGGUUAGGAAUCUACUGCAGCACUAAAGUUUUGUGCGCUUUAGGUGUCAGUCAGACUUAGGACUGACCGUAUCCUCUUCACAAAAAAUGAUGGAAUUAAAUCUUAAUCGGGUUGACUACCUGCAGGUUGGAAUAACAGGCCCAAAAACAAUGCAGGUGCUGCCCAUGACAAGUAAAACCCAAAAGGUAGUUGUAGGGGACUGUGAUGGAGCUCUGAGGUGUUUUGGCUUAAGGAAAGGACAAGUUCAGGAUGUUUUUCAAGCUUCCAGCAAGUCUAAGCUGAGUCAUGUGGUACUGGGGGGUCAGCCUGGGGGAGCUAGGGACCGCAUCUUUGCGUCUAGUGGGGCGGAGGUCAAGGCCUAUACAAAAAAAGGCAAAAAUUUCUUGACCUUUGACACCAACAUGUCAGAACCUAUACAGUCACUCUAUGUUGAGGGCACAGACCUCUUUGCAUGUGGGAACUUUGCCUUCAACCACUACAGAGAUUGUAAAGAUCUGAACUUCUACCUGAGCAGUGACCAGAUCAAUGACGUUGUGUGUUUGCCAGCUGAUAAAAUGGGCACAGUCACUCCAGUGCUGGCCUGCAAGGACAGGGUCCUUAGGGUCCUAAAGGACUCUGAACUGUUGUAUGAAGCUGAGGUUCCUGGGCCACCGGUUGUGAUGGAGCUGUUUGGUAACACAGGAGGUGAUGAAGGCAAUGAAAUUUUAUAUGGAACUUCUGAUGGGAGAGUUGGGUUGAUGCAAAUUGGCCAACUGGUGCCAAAUCAUCGCUGGGAACUCCCCAACACAAAAAGAAGUGGAGGAAUACUUUGUUUGGAUAGUUAUGACAUCACAGCAGAUGGUGUCCUUGACCUCAUAGUGGGACGUGAUGACGGACAGGUGGAGGUGUACAGUUAUGAUGACACGGAUGAGCCAGUCUUUCGCUACAAUUAUACAGGAAAUGAGAGCAUCACAUCUGUUAAAGGUGGAAUUGUGGCCUCUGCUAACUAUGAUGAAAUUGUUUGUUCAACUUAUGCUGGCUGGGUCUUUGCUCUAACCACCGAGCACCUCACCAAGGAGGCGGGUCCCCAGCACAUCGCAGCUAACGCAGCUGCUGUAGCCAAAAUAGGCAACCUCAAAUCUGAACUUGAAGGCCUGCAGCAGAAAGUGUCAGAGGAAAGAGAAAAAUAUCAGCAAACAGCUACUUCAAAAACUGCUGUCUCAGCUGUGCCCAUCUUCCCUAUCAAUGAUAAGUUUGUCCUGAACAAAGAUGAUGCCAGUUACUCUCUGUGUUUAGAGUUGCAGUCUCCAAUAGAUAAUGUCCUAUUACAGAGUGAUGUCCCUGUAGACUUACUAGAUGUAGAUAAAAAUUCAGCAGUUGUCAGUUUUUCUGCAUGUAACCCUGAAGAGGGAAAUUUUCUUCUAGCCACCUAUCGUUGUCAAGCUAAUACGACCAGACUGGAGGUAAAGAUACGCUCCAUUGAGGGCCAGUACGGGACCUUGCAGGUCUACAUCACACCACGUAUUCAGCCCAAAACCUGUCAGCUCAAGUUUUACCCAAUCAAACCUCUCUCACUGCACCAGCGAACACAUGUCUUUGAUGAGAACAGACCCCACAAUACAUUAACACUUAAAGGCCAGUUCAGCUUGACAGAAAUUCACUCCUGGCUCUUCUUCUGUCUGCCUGAGUUGCCAGAAAAGCCUCCAGCUGGAGAUUUGGCCAGUUUUCAGUUUAGCUCCACAUUUCUGGACACACAGCUAGAUUGCACAUACAGGAAAGGAGAGGCGACUUUUAGAUCUGACAACAUUUCUACCAUCUCCAUUUUGAAGGACAUUCUGUCCAAGGAAGCCACUAAGAAGAAAAUAAGAUUAGAUAUAUCUUAUGAGGUGAAUGAUGAAUCAGUUCCUUACACAUUAAAGAUGAUUCACCCCAAACUUGAAUAUCAGCUUUUGCUGGCUAAGAAAGUUCAACUAAUUGAUGCUCUUAAGGAGCUACAGGUGAAUGAGACUGAUCUAAGUUUCAUGGCGCCAGAGUAUGAGAGCAUCCUGAAAGAGUCAGAGCAGCUGAAAGAAGAGUUCAAGAAACAGCCCUGCCACUUGGAACGAUUGUAUGGAAUGAUAACAGAUUUAUUUAUAGACAAAUACAAGUUCAAAGGUCAGAAUGUGAAAAGCAAAGUCCCCUCCCUGUUGGAACUACUGGACAGUUAUGACCUUGAUGCUUUACUUGCUUUCUUUGAGAACUGCUCCUAAUUGGAAUUUCUGUUUUAAAAAUUCAAUGUCUACUACAAAACAAUUUUUUUAAAUUAUAAAAAUAAUUCUUUUGAU